CAUUUGUAUCUAUAAAAUAAUUGUGGGUGAUAAGCGACCGUCAGUGAAAUGGGAAGUCGAGGAAGUAGCUGUCAGUGAAAUAGGAUGUCGGAGAAGUGGAUUAUGGAAGUGGGAAUGGAUUGUCGGUGAAGUGGGCUGUCAGUGA